CCAGGAAAGAUCCAACUAAUGAGUGACAUGUCGAGCAAAGAGACGAAUGGCAGCACACAAAACCUUGACCGUCCUUGACGUCAUUCAAGACUUGGUCCACAAAGACUGUAGUGGGGCAGUCAGUCGCCUGGCAUCGUUAUGAGCGGUGGUGUCCUUCAAGGGUAGAGCACAAUUUCACAACAAGUGACUUUCACACCAUAGGUUAUCUAGAAGAUUGGCUGUUCAAAAAUGCGCUGCAGCGUGCUGAUCUACUUGGUGGUGUCUCUCCCAACGGUGUUCUCUGGCGUCAGCUUCACUUUCGUCAUUUUCAACAAUCAUGCUGUGAAUGUGGGCGAAACUGGAGCGGUCGUCAUCGCUAUCGGAUCAAUACUGCUGGCGAUAAUAAGCUGGCUGGAUUUAUUCCCUAUCAAUAUGAACACCGCCUUGAAGAAUCUCUUGGAUAUCAACAGAAAGAAGAGAGAUGUCCUUUUGGAUGCCUUCACACUCUUAUCCCAGAACUCGACACUCAAUCAGGUUCCAGAUGUGGACUUAGCGCUCUGCAUGAGGUUUUUCACUUGCGAUCUGGAGAGAGUAGCCAGAGCGAUCGACAAUUUCCCUCACAAGUGGCCCAAUGCCAUUGGCGACGAAGAUGACGAAAGGAACACAGAGGAGGAAUUGGCCUCGGAGCCAGAGCUCCCCUUGUCUGAACUUCAUAUGGAAACCGUGAGGACUCUGUUCCAAGGCGAGGAUCCACCAUGGGAACUGUUCGAGAGCGGAAGAGGGCUGCCAUCCAUUGAAACCCUUUCGGGGCCUGUGUGUACCGAAGCUUAUAGGCUCUGUCCAGGGAGAGCCAGUUAUCAUAUACAGUCCUGAAAGCCCAUAAACUACCUAAAGCCAGGGAUAAAUUCUAGGACUUAAGAAGAGACUGACUUCGUCACUGCCGUAUGUGAGGCCUGAGUAUUCUACAGAGACUGGUAUCGUUCACACACACACACACAAGACAAGUCUUCAAGUUCGCUCUUAGAAGGGCGACAGGCUUACGUAGCAAACUAUACGGUGAGACUGAACAAGCUGCAGAGAUAUGAGGAAAGGAUGAGAAAAAUAAGAGACUUGGAAUCAAAUAGAUUUAUAGGUUUCCAGGUCAGGGAAAAUAUUACUCCAUGACAUUUGAACAAUAUUAAGGGCAUUUAUCGUUGUACAUUAUCCGUCUAUUGACAGUUUAUCAGAUCAUUAGACAUAAAUGAUGUAAAUAGACAAAUAACGACAAGCACUUUUCCUAUGGGUAUUAACUAAUAUGUUACUUUUUCUUGUACAAAAAGGGGCUUUGUUUUUGA